AUGAUGGCGAAGAGGUCUAGAAUCCAGCAUUUCAAAAGUAUUUCAUGGGUGAGUUCUAGAACGUUUUUGAACUUGGGCCGUUUAGCACAAAACUCUGAACUGAAAGGAAAUGGACAGCAAUACGUGGUUAAAAAAACGUUUCAUCAGCCUAAAAGCGUUGUUUACAAUGUUAUUUCCAACGUCGACAAGUAUCACGAGUUUAUACCCUAUUGUGAAGCAAGCUUUAUCAACUCAAGAGACACCAAAGGUGAGCCUACAGAAGCGGGACUAACCGUUGGCUUCAAGUCAUUUGACGAGACAUUUCUCUGUACAUUAGAAUGUCAAAAGGACAAACAAGUCAUUGCCAAGUCAAUCACCCAUUCCUUAUUUCAUAACCUUCUCACUGAGUGGAAUGUCACCGAAGCUAGUUCCUCCAAGACAAACGUUGAAUUGAUCCUCAGCUAUGAAUUCAAAAGCGAUCUCUACAACCAAGUCAGCGCAUUAUUUGCAUCAAAAGUCACUUCAAUCAUGAUAAAGGCAUUUGAAAAGAGAGCCUAUACUGAGCACAAACAAUUUUGUAAAUAG